AAAAUGGGCGCUUUAAUGUUGCAACUACCAGAACUGAAAUUUCCACUAAACCGCUGCGUUUUAGCCUCCAUUGCAGCUCAUUUACUUCAUUGCUGACGAAGAAUUCGGCAUCCCCAUAAAUUAGCAAACCUUAGUUAUAACAAUGAUUUUAGGUUCGAGUACUGGAGCGCACUUGCAGCUCAACUAUGUCCACUUUCAAACAAGGCAUGUUCCUGACAUAUUUGUGGGGAAACGGUCUUUAUCAAGAGUUAGGCCUCAUUCAAACAAAAAGAUUAGUUGUAAAUUUACCCCAUCGGAUGGAGUAAUCCAUACUCAUGAGGAUCAAGAAAAGAGUUGUCCUUUGGUUAAGAUGUGUGGGAUUACUACAGCCAGAGAUGCUGCAUUGGCAGCAGAAGCUGGUGCUAAUUUUAUUGGGAUGAUUCUUUGGCCGAAUUCAAAACGUUCCGUUUCACAUUCAGUAGCAAAGGAAAUUUCACAAGUUGCGAGAGCAAAUGGAGCAAAGCCUGUUGGGGUAUUUGUGGAUGAUGAUGCUGACACAAUAUUGAGAGCUGCAGAUGCUUGUGAUCUAGAAUUUCUGCAGCUUCAUGGCAGUGGUUCGCGUGAAGCUUUUCCAGAUUUAGUUCGUCAAAAGCCAAUAGUAUACGUUCUUCAUGCAGAUGCAGAUGGAGAGCUUCUGAAUAAAAUUUCUGAUGAAGAUUGUUCAAUGGUUGAUUGGAUUCUUGUGGAUAGUGCAACAGGUGGAAGCGGAAAAGGAUUUAACUGGGCACAGUUUAAGUUACCGCGAAUUACAAGCAAGAACGGGUGGAUUUUAGCAGGGGGGAUCAACCCUGACAAUGUUUACGAAGCCAUAUCAACCCUCAAACCUCAUGGUGUUGAUGUAAGUAGUGGCAUUUGUUGCGCAGACGGCAUCACAAAGGAUCAGUCGCGAAUAUCUUCGUUCAUGAGUGCAGCUCGUUCUUCGGGCUAUUGAUUAAUCACAGAGUAAUUGACAGAGAAUUGCCAGUUUGCAAACUUCAAAAAUGAUAUCUAGUAACUACUCUAUGUUUACUUCUAUUUUACUUCUCUCUCUUUUAGGGAAAAAAUGUGGAUUUAGGUGUAGCAUGAUCUUGUCCUAUGGCACAAAUCUGAGCAUUUGGGGCUAGUGAUAUGCUGAGAAAAAUAAUUUAUAUUUGAUUCAUUUAUUUACUUGAAGUUCAAUGAA